AUGGCACCGGCAUCAUCACCAUCCUCAACAACAAUAUUCGAUCUUUCCAAAGAUGAUUUAAGCUCAAUAUUGCAAACCCUGAAGCCAACGAUCAGUGCGUCUGUAGCGGAUUCGAUGUCUGUUUGCGAACUGCGAACACGGAUCACCGAAUGGCUGAUGCUGAAUGACCUCUCCACCAUGCAUAAUUUUAAGCAUCUGGAAAAUUCAGAGCAAUGGAAAGUGCCGGACAAAGCUGACCACUGCAUAUCCUGCGGCAAAUAUAGAGUCGCCUCCGUUGGUCAGUAUUUCUGUGUUCGUUAG